GAGCCCGUGGUGUUCGCGAAGGUAAUGGAGAACCCUAUGAGAUCCUGGAUCGACGAACGGGCGGUGAAUGAGACGGCCACGCACCUGAGGUGCGGCAUAUAUAAUUCUUUGUGCUGUGGGGCGACGACCGUGUACGCUGACGAUAUAUUCGAUAAGAUGCCGAUCGACGAUACGACACAGACCAAGAUCGAAGAGAAACUAAAACACAGCGAUGACGUGCUCGAUGGGGUAUUGGGGGCAAAGGGUCUUAUUCAGAACUAUAAUAAGCGAGAAACCGUACCUUGCCUUCGCAGUCAUCAAGCGAACCGAGACUUCUCGGCCGAGUUUAGGAUGGGCAAGGCACGAGCUAGAGCUAGAUACCUGGGCUGCCGCUACGCCUGGAAUCUAUCGAGCAUGGAGGAGUUUCGCUAUCGCUGCGCAGCCGUCCACGCUGGGUGGGGGAAGCUUGGUAAGUUCUGGACCAGCCGUACUAGUAAGUCCCUGAAGAUACUGGCCUUUAGGGGCCACGUGGUGGAAGCAGCCUUAUCAGCGAACGAACCCUUCGUGUUCCCGAGGGCCCAGACCCAGCAGCUGGACGGGAUUAUAACUAAGUACCUUCGUGUUUUGGAGCGUGGCAAAGCCACGGACUGGACAGGCGAGCACCCGCACUCGUCAUCGAAUUCGACGCUUAGGCAGAGGUGGCGCCUGAUACCGAUCCGCUUCGAGCAGGCGGCCAGACGCUUCGGAUGGGUGCAGCAGAUGGCCAGGGACGCCCUCGCGCACCAGCAGCGGGCGUUCCCAGCCAUGGCACUGGUGCUGGCGAGCGGCACCGACAGCAAGAAGGAGCCCGAGUUCCAGCGAGCGGUCAGGCGCCGCGACGAGGGGAAUGGCGACCAGAAGGCGCAGAAGACCACCGCAGGCGUCAAUGGCCACAACAAAGGGCUGUACGUGCUGAUGAUGAAAAUGCUGCUAUCGCUCGCCCAGAGCCGUCGGAACAUCGAGGGGGUGCUGUUCGACGUGCUGAUCGUACCAGCCGAGCUCCCCGAGGUGCUGAAGAUGCAGGAGCAGGGCUCGGCCUACAACACCCAGGUCCAGGCAAAGGGCAAGGGCCACGGGCUCGGCGCCCCCCACCUGUUCGUGUUCGGGGGUCUAUUGGAGGCGCUACUGCUGCGCCAACAGAGCAUCGGCAAAGUGAACUUCGAGAAGCUGACCGAGUUCAAGGCUCGGCUCCAGACACUAGACUACGAAGGAAAGAUGGACAUCAUCCGCUUCACCAAAGUAGACAGGUGCUACGACCAGGGCAAGCGCAGGAUCACGCUGUGCCUCCAGGAGGGCCGCAAGGAGGUGAUCAGCGCCCUCCAGCAGCUGGGCGCGGAGCUGAAAUCGGGCAGAGCGCCGGCGAAGAGAGUUGCAGGA